UUUUAUUUCCAAUAUAAAAGCUUCAUAGCCUGUGAAGAUAAGCAUUUUGAUUUCUACGAACAUGAAUCUAUUCUUGAUCAGUUUCCUGCUGUUCCCAUUUUUGGCAGGAGUCGCCAGCGUUCCUCACACCCAUCCCAGUUUGAACAAGUGUGACCAGCGCCAGUGCCAGCAAUUCUGUGAUAAAUCGGAUAAUGGACGUUACAAAGGAGUAUGUUAUUUCCUCGAAAAAGAAGGUUUGAGGUACGAGUACUGCCGAUGCAAUGAGAAAUCUUGAAUAUGUGUGCUUCAAGGCACACCUUACGUCGAAGUUUCCUAUUUUGUGCCCGAUUAUCUCAAUUACUGCACAAGAAAACAGUAAAUUUAAGAUG